CUUCAACGUCGAGUGUGUAAUAUUUUUUUUUUUUGUUUUAUUCUCAAUAUGGCACCGAAGAAGCAUAAGGAGAAUUGCAAGAAAAAGCUCAAUGUCCGCAGUGCUGCAGUUAUUAAAAUGGGGAGGAAAUGUAAGCAUAGAUGCAAGCAAUGUCAAGCACGGAUCAGGCGGAGGAUGUUGAGGGCCCAGCGGAAAAAUCUUACCAAUUCGGAGGCCAAUCUAGUGCCGGCUAACGGGUCUAACGAACAACAAGUCACUCAGUUGGCAGGCGCCGAACAAGGCCUUGCCGAGCCGAAUGCCGAACAGCAAUACUCUAUUUUUGACGUCAAUGACGAAAACACGCUCCCGGAUUAUGUGGAAUGGCUAACCGAUCCGAACUAUAGAUCGAUCACGCCCAUACCGAAUAAUAUAGUAGAAUUUAUGUCCUCAGAAGACAGUGACUCCAAUGAUUCGGAGAGCACUCUGCAGCAAUAAGCGCGGCUUGCAAUCUCAUACAACGUUUGCGCUUUCUAUAAACAAAAACGAAAAAAAAA